AUGCUGGCUUAUCCGGUAAUACUGAUUUCUCGAAUGGAACCACUUAAAUAUCUGUUCGAGAAGCUAGCACUUACCAGUAAGUUGGCACGUUGGUUGCUCUUAUUGGCCGAAUUCGAAAUCAAAUAUGUCACUCGAAAGUCAGUAAAAGGGAGAGCUGUUGCAAAAUUCCUGGCGGAUCGCCCAAUCGAAGGUUCGGAGCAUAUGGAAUUUCAAUUUCCUCCUAAUGAAGAGGUGAUGGAAACAAAGGAUGAGGCAUGGACUCUAUAUUUCGAUGGGGUAUCUAAUCAAAACGGAUUUGGCAUUGGUAUCCUACUGGCAUCACCGGAAGGGUCCCAUAUCCCUCUUGCAUUCAAGUUGAAUUUCGAAGUGACUAAUAACGAAAUAGAGUAUGAGGCUUGUAUCGUAGGAUUUGAAGCAGCAUUAAAGAUCGGAGUCAAAGUAUUGGAAGUCAUUGGCGACUCGCAUUUGGUAGUUUCUCAGGCAAAUGGGGAUUGGAGAGUGAAGGAUGAAAAGAUGAAGCAAUAUCAUCAAGAGCUCGGUGACUUUAUUCCUAGAUUUGAAAAAGGUGAAAUUAAGGCCAGUCACGAUCGAACAAAGGAUAGACGUGUGUACGAGUAUGUCAUGAACAUCGAUGAACCGGAUGAUGGCCUACCAUGGUAUGACAAUAUCUGGAAUUUUGUCGAAAAAGGGGAGUUUCCCGCAGAAGCUACCAAAAAGGAUAGGAUUGCAUUGCAACGGCUAGCAUCUCAGUACAUCAUUUGUGGAGGGCAAUUGUACCGACGAUCUCCCAUGCGGGGUCCACAUAUUAUGCAUUCAUGGAAGUGA